AAAAUGCUGCCCCAUUUGGCGCCCCAGGAAUGAGGACUGACACACUGGGCACUGGGCAUCGCAGCACUAGCCGGACUAAGAUUCCUCUGGGCAACUCAGCCAUAGCAGAGUUUUCAAGAGGAGGAGUGGCCCUGAUGAGGACCCGUAAGGUUUCAACCGUUCCCAAAACACCUCAAAAACACUUCGGCUUAGGGGUGGUGCCAAGGCUGUGAGUGCGUCCAACACUUCGGCUUGGGAGUGGUGCCAAGGCUGUGAGUGCGGAAGCCCGCCGGGAACCUGGGGGCGGGACGAGGGAAAUGACGCCUGGGAGCGCCAAUAGGGUGGUUGGAGCUGCUGACUCCGCCCCCGAAGGAAAGGGUUAACGGUUUCCGGUAGCGGCGUCUAGGAGGGGCGGGGAAAAUGAGGAGGUUUUGAGGCUGUGUCCCCUGACCCUUGGACCGCCUGCGACCCCCCGCAUCUCCGCACCCUCGAGACACCUCCAAAGAUGAUGAGCUGUGGAGAGUCAGAGCUGGAGUUGGCGGACGGGGAAGAUGCCACGGCGGUCUCGGGACCACCCCCGGAGCCCCGAGCCCCGGAACCCCGAGCCCCACUGCCCGAGCCCGGCCUGGACUUGAGCCUGAGCCCGCGGCCCGACAGCCCUGAGCUGCGUCACGGCAGCCCCGGGCGGCGGAAGGGGCGGGGGGAGCAUCGGGGCGCGGCUCGGCAGCGACGGCAGGUCCGUUUCCGCCUGACGCCGCCCUCCCCGGUGCGGUCCAAGCCGCAGCCUGCGGUGCCGCAGGAGCUGGAGAUGCCCGUGCUGCAGAGCAGCCUGGCCUUGGGCCUGGAGCUGCGGGCCACAGCCGGGAGCCACUUUGAUGCCGCGAAGGCCGUGGAGGAACAGCUAAGAAAGUCGUUCCAGAUCCGCUGCGGCCUGGAGGAGAGCGUGUCCGAGGGGCUGAACGUGCCGCGCUCCAAGCGGCUCUUCCGGGACCUGGUGAGCCUGCAGGUGCCGGAGGAACAGGUUCUGAACGCUGCGCUCAGGGAGAAAUUGGCUCUCCUGCCGCCACAGGCUCGAGCCCCGCCCCCAAAGCAGGCGCCACCUGGGCCGGGGCCAGACAUGACCAUCUUGUGUGACCCAGAAACACUAUUUUAUGAAUCUCCACACCUGACCCUCGACGGUUUGUCCCCUCUCCGGCUUCAACUCCGGCCCCGCCCUUCAGAGGACACCUUCCUCAUGCACCGGACACUGAGGCGAUGGGAAGCGUAGUAGACCCCAAAGAUCCCUGGAGGACUAGUUCGUAUUUUUCUGUUAAACUAUUUGUUAGAAUAAACUAAUUUUGCUAAUAAA